UUUCUGAGCUGCAUUCCUGCCCUUCGUUCACAAUGGGAGGAGGACCACGAGUUCGUUAUCCCAAGCAUGUCUGGUCUCCGGCCGGCGGCUGGUACUGCCAGCCUGCGAAUUGGAAAGCCAACACAGCCAUUAUGGGUGCGGUAAUCUUCGGAAUAUCGGCUAUGGCAUUCAGCUUGAGCGCUGAACGAGAAUUUCGAACAAAGUUCCCUGAGCCGGGCAGGUUCUUCCCAAGCAGAUGGUGGAGCAAACAAAUUAUCGAACACGAAAGACAACAAUCGGCGAAGGAGUCCUCGUGAUAUCAACGGAAGUCUGAUGGAGGUUUCUCACCAAUUUCCUACAUUCCCAUGGCGUUCCCGCUUUCCUUAGAGACAUAUCUUUUUCGCUGAAAUGAUUGGAUUCUAUCUUUCUGAAACUGUAUCAUACAUGUCCAUAAAUUGUUCCUUGUACAGGAGAAGGCGGUCUGUAUAAUGUGACCCAUUCCAAUAUUCGAGUCCAUCGGCUGGCAAUGAGAUUUUGGGCAUGCCUAUCUGUUCGAUGGCAAAACUAGCUGCCACAAUAGCACAGAUCAAUGCAGCAGGAAGCUUUCCUUCAUCA